ACGACGGCAACGAAUUCUGUAUCAAUCAAGAUGAUAUACUUUCCGUGGAUCUUUUACCUGGAUCGUUUCUAUUUAGUGAUCAAUAUCAAAAUAAUGUUUCCAAGACAGUGGCAAAUGAAACUGUGGACGGAUCUUUCGAUAGAGCAUUAAACCAAAUGGGCUAUCAUAGGGCGAGAAUGAAUGAGUAUCUUUGUCACGGUUAUAUGGCGGAAGAAAUCUUGAAGGAAGUGAGCACUCCUAGAGUGAAACGACGUCCCCAAUCUCUGCCACCUGAGAACUUACAUAAUUUUUUAGACAAUGUUACGAUUCACGAUAAACUUUUGGCGGAUGAAGGAAGCUCGAAGUAUAAAAAUUGGCUUCAAAAAACGACAACGCUAGAUGAUGUCUAUCGACAUUAUGCACCCCACAAAAAAAUAAAAAAGAAACAGGAUGUCCGGGAAGAUGACAUUGAUGAGUUCGAUGGUGAGGUGACGGGGUACGCGAUGCAAGCACCUCUGCCAUCUGGAAAAGUGGGUUUCUACAGACCACCUCAUGAAGGUGACAGGUCGUCUUCAUCGUCGGAACAUUCUUUUCAUUAUGGACCCUCAUUCGGUCACCAUCAUAGCGACUUUGGACACCAUAGCGAACAUUUCUUCCCAUCUAUCCACGAGGAAUAUUAUUACGGACCGCAUGAGCAGCACGAAGAAGAUGAUCAUAAGUCCUAUUCUAAGGGAAAGGAGCUUUCGAUCAAGGAUUUCUUCGAAAUCGCGCUCACCGCGCUUGCAUUCUUAGCAUUCGGCCUGUUUAUCAUUCAGCUGUGUAUGAAUGCUGCGAACAAUAAUGGCAUGAUGACGAUGAUGACUAGGCAACGUUUCAAGAGAAACGCACUUCCUCUUUCCUUAUCUUCCGUUAAUAACGAAGACUUGAAUGAUCUGUCUUAUCGCAUUCUAAGAUCCAUCGAAGCAGUUAUGAUCGCCGAAGAAGACUCUGGUAAUUGUCUGCGUAGGAUAUUGUGCGAAGAGAAUCAAUAUUCCAAGGAAAUCAACGACGGACGUAGAAUUUGGGUUCCCGUUUGGAGCUUGGGCAUGAGCUGGGUAUCGGGCAGAGUGCUGCACAGAACUCCAUGGUCGGCAAUGUUGGAUUCUGUGAAAGCAUCCAUUCUGGGCUUGGGCGGAAUUGACUGUGCCUCUUUCUACUCAGGAUGUGAUCUCGAGAAAGAAAGGAUUAAAAGACGUCGCAAGAGAAGGAAAUAA